AUGGCCUCCGCGAAAGAUACGGCCACUUUUUUUCAGCACGGUACUUCUUCGCAAUUCGAACAAGUACUCAAGUUGUAUCCGCAAGCCCUUAAACUCAAAGCCGAACAGAAAACAAAGAAAGCCGAAGAACUGAUCAAACUAGACAAUUGGUAUCAGAAUGAAUUACCUAAAAAAAUCAAAAGUCGUGGCAAAGACGCCCACCUGUUACAUGAAGAGCUGGUGCAAACGAUGAAAUGGAAACAAGUACGGGGUAAAUUUUAUCCCCAAUUGUCCUACCUCGUGAAGGUCAACACACCCAGAGCUGUAAUGCAAGAAACCAAGAAAGCCUUCCGAAAACUACCUAACUUAGAGCAAGCGAUAACGGCCCUUUCGAAUUUAAAGGGAGUUGGAACUACAAUGGCAUCAGCCCUUUUGGCGGCUGCGUCACCAGAAAGCGCACCCUUCAUGGCAGACGAAUGUCUAAUGGCGAUACCGGAAAUAGAAGGAAUUGACUAUACCACAAAGGAGUACCUGAAAUUCGUUAAUCACAUCCAGACGGCCGUUGAUAGGUUAAAUAAGAAUGUAAAAGAAGUUAACAGCAGUAUCACGUGGUCCCCGCAUAAGGUCGAGUUGGCUUUAUGGACCCAUUACGUUGUAUCGGAACUUAAACCAGAAUUGCUCUCUCAUGUGCCGCUAGAAAAUGGGAAUUCACUGAGCGCUGUAACGCCUGUGAUGCACCAGAACGGGGACUCCCUGGACGCGACGACGUCAGAUGAAAGUAACCAGGGUCCGUUGAACGGUAAGUCUGCAGCUGUCCUCGACGAAGAUACAACCACCUCCUUCACCGAGGAUAGUCAACCAGCCACGCCCAUCGUUGCGAACGAUGAAACGAAUGACAGUAUCGUGUCCGACUCGACCAACGAUUCGGUAUCGGGUGACCUGAAGAGACCCCUCGAUGAUGACUCCAACUCAAAUUCCGAGGAACAGCCUUCUAACAAAAAAAUAAAAAGUAACAUAGGCGACAAGUGACAAAUGAGGCGGAUGGUGUCGUAAAAAUCCUCCCCCCACCCACCUACACAAAUACACACACAUUUGCACUUCAUUUUUUCUAAGUUUUAAGAUUAGAGUUAUCGUGAAUGUUUAAACAAAAUAAUGCGUAGUUUUUAAUUUUUAUGUUGUGAUCAUUUCUCUUUUGGGUGUUUUUUUGUGAUUUCGUUUCUUUUUUUGUUGCUUCUAUCUGAAAAGUGAACCCCUUUUUUUUUUUACCAAAGUCGUCUUCAUAUUAAUUUCCUCAAAUAUUUGCCCUUGGGUUUCAUACAUGUAAGUAUUUAUUUUAAUAAACCUUUGAUGGCAUUGUUAUCCGUUUUGAGAGAAAAAAAAUGUUUUAUACAUACUUUUCAAGGAAAAAGUAAUAACAAAAAUUCUUGUAGUCCAUAAUUUCAUAGUUGACCCGAUGUUGAAGAGGUGAAACAAAUUUAACAAUUUUUACUUAAAGUGUAAAUGAAAAGAUUUAAAUACAUAUAUGUGCAAACAGUUCUAAGUUGCUUGCACUAUUUGUUAACAUUCAUAACUGUUCUUUGCAGCCUAUAUGUAAAAAGGCUGUAAAAAAUUAUUAACAACUUUUAUAAUUAACAAAUAAAGAAUUUUCAAAACAAAAAAAAAUGGACAAUUCCUGAAUAAAUUAAAAUUAGUACCUUUGCAUUAAAAACCAGCUAUUUCUUUUUGUCCUUUGAAAUGUGAUAAAGUACAACUGCCAUAAAUGUAAGUAUUUUGUAAACAUUCAUUUAGUAAAUGAAUACUGCAGAAUGUGUAAAUGAAAAACAAUUGUAUUGUCUUGAAAUAUUUCAAAUUUCUCUCAAAAUGUGUCAGUUUAUAUUAAGGAUAUUGGCCUUUCUUCAUAUUCAUACAGUGUACUCCUUUGCUUUGUUCUUUCGAAAACACCCAGAAAACGGAAGGUAUUUGCAUUUUUUUUCUGAGUAAUCGUACAUAGUAAAUAUUUUUGGAUGGAUGUUGCAAGCAAAACGCAGUGGAAAUCAAAAAAGAAAUGUUUUACGUUGCCGAUUUUUUCUGCUUUGCCUUGUACUUUGAUAAAUAGGUAUUUUAUUAUCAGAAACAAAGAAUCGUAUAAAAUAAAAUUUUUAAAUUUUAUUGAGAUAAUUGAUUAUAGAAUCGUUUCAUUGGAUUCCUUUGUUCUCUUUCAUUCUCAAAAUUGGUUAAUUAAAGAGAACAUAGAAGUUCCAGUCGUUCGUAUUCUUAUCAGUUGUACACUGAAAAUAAACUGCUUUGCAAAAGUACGCGAGAGAUAAUAAUACUAACAACAUUCUACUGAUAAGACCGCGUACGCACAAUAUGGAUACUUAUUUAUCAAAUUACGUAGUUACCAUUGCCUUUUAUUUAAUUUUCACUUAAAUAAUAUAAAUAAUAAAUCGGAGUAUGUGACGUUAAAAAAGUCAUGGAAAAAUAUCCAUUGUUUCUUUGUUGUUUUUUUUUAUUUUAUUUCUAGUUUUACUAUUUUGAUACUUUAAAAAAAAAGCUAACAAGAUUUUCUUAAUCGUUAUAGUAUACAUAGUAGCAGCAUUAAGUAAUUUAUUUCAUUUAUCUUUUUAAUUUAUAGGCAUUCGUAUAUUAUAUGUAUUAAUGCAAGGUACAUUCCAUUUCAUGUUUUUUUUUCGUUUUGUAUGUUAAAAAAGUGUCAUUAUAGUUUCUUUUCUAAAUAAUUUUGGAAAAUACGCAAAUUCUAAAAGACUCAAAGAAAACAAAACUUUCAUAAUUUACAAAAGUUAAACGAAAACAAAAAUGGAACGGUUCAACUUACUAAAUAAACAUAAAAAUUAAUAAAGUCAUUUCCUUUUGCAGUUCGGAAACAAAGCCUGUUACAUUUUGGUAGACAUAAUAAUCGUUGAAACAUGAUGCUAAUUAAUUACUUCAUCGAAAAAUGAAUGUAAUAAUUGUAAUACAUAAUGUUUCUUGAUAAUUACUUGCAAAAAUUGUGCGUUUUAUAAUUUCUUGUACGUGAAAGUGUUAUUUUCUUAUAUUUUACACCCAUGAACCAAAUAACUGAUUAUAUGGUAAUGUAACGUGUAAAAAGAGAAAAAAUGUGAGAAACAACAGAGACUUCAAAUGUAAAUAAUUAAUUCAAGACAUUCGGCGUUAUGAAAUCGGCGGUAAUACAAAAAAAAUAAAAUGAAAAUGUAAUGUGCGGCCCGGCGGUUUUUUAAUUUCGAACGUCGUUUCGUAAAAAUAAUUAAAAAUAUUUAUAUAGAUAUGUAUAGACGAAGACGACCAUACGACCAUGGAAAUAUUAAAGAUGAUAAUGAUGAAGAAGAAGAAAUAAACAGAAAACAAAUAACUGAAUGCCUUUACGAAUAAUAUUGUAGAACAUAUUAUACACUUUUACAAAGAAGAAAAAAUAAAAACAAAAUAGUUAGUCACUUUAUUAUUUAAUUAAUAAAAUAGCGAGGUGUUACGUCUCUGAGCGCGGAUGUUUUUGCUUGUAAAUAGUUAUCCGCUCCCCCUUAUAAAGAAACCUGGCUUUCAUUCUUAUAAAUAUUGUUAACACGCAUGCUGGCUCGCCGACAGAAAUAUCCGCGGUCAGACUUUCUAAGUUAUCAUUUGUAGAAAUCAUUUGAGGUUUUUGUAGAAUAUUUUCAUAAAUAUAAAAUUUCACGGCUA